UCAGUUUCUUCCCCAAAAUUCUUCUGGUCAUCUACUCAUUUCUCUCCCUCCCUCAAACAAACACAUUCUCUCUCUCCUCUCCCUUUCUCUCUCUAAACUUAUACAUAAUCUCUCCUCUCUCUCUCUCUCUCUAAAAUAUUUAUAUACUGUAAUGGCGGUUGAUUCGAUUUUGUCUUCUCCAUUGGGCCCUCCGGCGUGCGAGAAAGACGCAAAGGCGCUUCAGUUUAUAGAGGAGAUGACCCGAAAUGCAGACUCAGUUCAAGAAAAUGUCUUGUCCCAAAUCCUGUCCCGAAAUGCGCAGACCGAAUACCUUCAGCGUUACAACCUCAACGGCGCCACGGAUCGCGAGACUUUCAAAUCAAAAAUCCCUAUGGUUACCUACGAAGAUCUCCAGCCGUUGAUCCAAAGAAUAGCUAAUGGCGACCGUUCUCCCAUUUUAUCUGCUCACCCCGUCUCCGAAUUCCUCACCAGCUCUGGGACUUCAGCUGGUGAGAGAAAACUCAUGCCCACUAUCAAAGAAGAAUUGGAUCGUCGUCAGCUUCUUUACAGUCUUCUCAUGCCUGUAAUGAACCUAUACGUGAAGGGACUGGACAAAGGCAAAGGGCUUUACUUCUUGUUUAUCAAGUCCGAGACCCAGACUCCGGGUGGGCUCCUGGCCCGACCCGUCCUCACUAGCUACUACAAAAGCGACCACUUCAAGACCCGACCCUACGACCCCUACAACGUCUACACAAGUCCUAAUGAAGCCAUUCUUUGCCCCGACUCCUUCCAGAGCAUGUACACUCAGAUGCUGUGCGGCCUUUAUGAACGCAAACAAGUCCUCCGGGUUGGAGCGGUGUUCGCCUCCGGCCUCCUGCGGGCCAUACGGUUUCUCCAGCUGAACUGGCAGCAACUCGCAGAAGACAUCCGAACCGGGUCGCUCAACCCAAAGGUGACCGACCAAUCAAUCCGUGAGUGCAUGACCCGGGUCGUCAGGCCCGACCCAGAAUUGGCUGAUUUCAUUGCCAAGGAAUGCUCCAAGGACAACUGGGAGCGAAUUAUUACCAGAAUCUGGCCCAACACGAAAUACCUGGACGUGAUUGUUACUGGUGCAAUGGCACAAUACAUCCCAACCCUUGAUUACUACAGCGGGGGGCUCCCAAAAGCCUGCACCAUGUACGCCUCAUCCGAAUGUUAUUUCGGGCUCAAUCUCAAUCCCAUGUGCAAGCCCUCCGAGGUUUCCUACACCAUCAUGCCAAACAUGGCAUAUUUCGAGUUCUUGCCCCACGAACCCAACUCAACCGGGUCAACCCGUGACUCGCCCCCAGGACUCGUUGACCUUGCAGACGUCGAAAUUGGCAAGGAAUACGAACUCGUCAUCACAACCUAUGCCGGUCUCUGCCGCUACCGAGUUGGCGACAUCCUCCGAGUCACGGGCUUCCAUAAUUCGGCUCCACAAUUCCAAUUUGUCAGACGAAAAAACGUGCUGCUGAGCAUCGACUCAGACAAAACCGAUGAGGCUGAGCUACAAGCUGCAGUGGAGAAUGCCUCACGUCUCUUACGCGAGUUCAACACAAGCGUGGUCGAGUACACGAGCUACGCUGAUACAAAGACGAUUCCAGGCCACUACGUUAUAUAUUGGGAGUUGCUAGGUAAAGACUCGGGUAACUCGCCUAGUGACCAGGUGCUAGAACAAUGUUGUCUAGCCAUGGAGGAGUCCCUCAACUCGGUCUACCGCCAAUGUAGAGUCGCAGACAACUCAAUCGGGCCGUUGGAAAUCCGAGUUGUUCGAAACGGCACAUUCGAGGAACUAAUGGACUAUGCAAUCUCAAGGGGCGCAUCGAUUAAUCAGUACAAGGUGCCGAGAUGUGUUAGUUUUACGCCGAUUAUGGAACUUCUCGACUCACGAGUAGUGUCGUCUCAUUUUAGCCCAUCAUUACCGCAAUGGACGCCCGAACGACGUCGGUAAAAGGGUAGAUAAAAUAAGUCAAGAAUUAUGACCGACCAAGAGAAGUCAAUGCCGUGAAAGAUUCCUUAGUGUUUUUUUCUUUUUUUUGGGGGGUUCCUUUUUAAGGAACUUUGGUUUAAUUUUACUUUUUUUGGUUUGUAAUUGUGAUUAGGUGUGUAAAUUAGAAAUCGAAGGUCUGAAAGUUAGGUGUUGUAUGGUUCAGUUAACCUGUGAAAAGGAUGUGACAUUUUCGGGCUUGUUCAAUGAAUUGAACUUGUUUAGGUUCUAUUGGUUCAAGUAAAUGACGACAUUCUGGGAUAGUUGAGGAGAGUUGUUUUUUCUAAUUUCAUGGUUUGUUUGUGUCAAUGUAAUGAUGCUAACGAAUUAAUCUUUCUUAGA